CAGAGACUGCAUGUUGCUUGGAGACUUGGCGGUGAUGUUCUGAAGCUUCCCUGUCCUACGUGAAGCCGGAAACAAGUUAAUGGUCACAUGAAGGUGUGGACGGACGUAGCAACAUGACAAAUGACAGCAGUAGAGAGUCGUGGAAUAUAUCCGACAUGGUGAACAAGACGUCCACUGAAGAGACCAGUCCGCUGAAGGUGACAACAACAGUGGUGAUGACGGGAAGUCUCAUCAUCAUAAUGUUGGGUGUCGGAGCUUGCAUCCAGCUGAAGGAACUGUGGGCUCAUCUGAGACGUCCAUACGGCAUCCUCAUCGGGGCGGCGUCACAAUUCAUCGUGCUGCCUCUGACGGCGUUCGGCCUUGGUCAUGCCCUGCAGCUGCCCCCAAAGCAGGCGAUAGGGAUGCUGAUCAUGAGCUGUUGCCCGGGUGGAUCCACCUCUAAUAUGUUCACGUUGUGGGUGGAUGGAGACGUGCCGCUAAGUCUGACAAUGACCACAGUGAAUACGGUUUUGUCAGCCGGAUUUCUGCCGCUCAAUCUUCUCAUCUAUAGCCGCUCUUGGACAAACAAGAAGGCUGUUAUACCUUUUGGCAACCUGGCACAAGCGUUUGCUAUGAUGCUGGUACCGGCAGUCGUAGGUAUAGCAGUGCGUCACUGGAAGCCAAAGGUUGCCAUGUACAUUAUAAAGAUAGGUAGCGCGGCUGGAGCAGUGUCAGUUGUAGCGGCCAUGACUCUCACAAGCCUGCUCUACCCUUUCAUGUACUACUCUUCCUGGAGGAUCUACUUCGCCGUUGUCUUCCUUCCAUUCAUCAGUUUUGGGUUUGGAUACGCAACUGCCUUCAUCUUCCGGAUGCCACACUUUCGGUGUAGAACUGUUGCCAUGGAAACAGGAAUACAAAAUUUCCCAUUUUGCAUGACCCUUCUAUCCUUGACAUUCAGCCAAUCAGAAAUGGGUGAACUGUCCUUGUAUCCUUUGUUAUUUGGUGUUUUUAUUCUUGUGGACUCAGUAAUCGCGACUGCCAUGUAUAGGACUGGAGUCCUCAUGUACAGUAAGAUGUCUAAGCAAGGGGAGUUUACCCCUGUGUCCAUAGACAGCAAUGAACACCACCCAGGUGCCACAAAACAGACAUGUUAACAUCAAGUGAAAAUAUUCGGAGAGGUUCAACACUCAUUUCGUUUGAUUAAAACUGCACUUUA